AUGAAGUAUCCAUUCCAAGGAAUACCGCCAUGUCUCUACAACGCUUUCAGUGAUACCGCCGUCGGGGCUUUGCUCGCUCAAGAAGAUGACGAGGGAAUCAAGUAUCCUAUAUACUAUUUCAGCCGAAUAUUGAGAGAUGCUGAACUCAGAUACCCCAAGGCGGAGAAGGCGUGCUUAGCACUAAUUCAUUCCAUUCAAAAAUUCAGACAUUACUUGUUAUCCAACAAAGUGGUACUCAUAUCUAAAUUCGAUCCUGCAAAAUUUUUGCUUUCAAAACCAGUCCUGAUGGGAAGGUCAGCUAAGUGGAUUCUACAAAUGUCAGAGUUAGACAUAACGUGUACAUCGCCUAGAGCUAUCAAGGGGCAAGCAGUUGCAGAUUUACUAGCAGCAUUCCCGGGGGAAGGCACUACUGCACUACGUGAGGAUCUUCCGGGAGAAGUUCCAGACAUCUCCGUUAUCGAAGAAGAAGCGUGGAUGUUAUAUUUUGACGGCUCUGCCACUCCUAGCAAUAACACUGUAGGGGCAGGCGUAGUCCUAGUAUCUCCAAUCGGUGAAAUCUUCUCGCACACCUUCAAGAUAGACUUUCAAUGCACUAACAAUUCAGCAGAGUAUGAAGCAUUCCUCAUAGGACUGUCGUUAGCCAAGCAAGCAGGGGCCACACGUCUGGAAAUAAGAGGUGACUCUAAGAUACUAGUUAAUCAUAUGAAUGGAGUAUAUGCAUCGAAGGAGGUAACACUAGCUCCAUACCGAUCAGAAGCGCAGAGGUUACUAAACUACUUUGCUGAUGCAACCAUAACCCAUGUAGGCCGCAGCAACAACAGACACGCCGAUUGUUUAGCCACGCUAGCUUCCAAAUUACAGUUUGAAGGUUUAGAAGAAACCUUGACGGUGAAGAGGAGAACGGUAGAGUCAACGUGGCUUUCGCAAUACAAGGACACUGGAAACUGCGAUUGGCGGAAUUCGAUCAUUCAGGAGCUUAGCAGCUCGCUUUCUCAAGGAAAGGUCAGUCUCAAAACCUUGCGGAGCUUAUUCAUACUUCAUGGCAUGCUAUAUCAUCAAAACCCGGAUAGCUCCCUAUCAAGAUGUCUUGGAGAUGAUGAAGCACAGCUGCAGCUUAAUCGUGUUCACGAUGAAAUUUGUGGACAAAUGUUGGUGGUAACACUCUAUCGACGUCUUCAACGCUUGGGAUAUUACUGGCCAGAAAUGGAGACUCAAUCUCGGCUACUCCAAAAGUCUUGUUCAAAUUGUCAAGCGCCGCCAACCAGCUGGAGGUUUUCAGCGUAA